UCUCACGGCAAAAACAAGGGGGCUUUGCCUUAAGAGGUGAAAACCUCUACAGGUACUUCCCUUUGAUGUGGCCCCCGCCUAGGAGCAGGCAUUAGAGUGAUGGAAAUUUGAUUAUUCCUCACCCCUUUCAUUUAGCCAGUGACAUUUGUGGCCACAUAUAAAUAUCCCAACAAGCUAGAACAGGAGGGCCAGUCAGGAAAGACUGAGUACGUGUUUAGUUUGAGUGUGUGUGACACUGGGGAGUAUUGCCAUGGAUAUGGUGCUGCUGUACGAGUUCCUGCUUCUUUCUUUCUGUCAUCAGAGCUUGACAGCUGUACUGAACAUGCACAUAGACCCAAGAAAUCUGUUUGCAGAGAGAGCGUGCUGCAGACGCCAGAGUCACUUCAUCUACAUAGGACAAGAUAUCUUAGGCAGUCCAGUGAAUGUGGAUGUAGGCAUGUGCCGAACAAACUGCGGCCAAGCACAGCCCUCGUCCUUUGAGGCUGGGAUGCAGGGCUACUCCUCCAUGCUGGACUUCCUGAGAGACAAAAAGGUAUUAAAUAUGCGAACUCCAGCAGCGUCCUCUCACGAGCUCACAGGCUUUGGAGGAAACCUUCCAUCGUGUGGUGCGAGCAUGACCUGUGAACCCACUGGACUGCGUGUGGACAAAGUGAUGCUCAUAGAUGGCCUGCGUGAGGUGGAACUCAUCGAGGAUUGCCACUGCGAGGCCAAAGUGACUCGCUGUGUCCGAGCACCCUCUCUCAGAACGUACUUCUAUGAAACACCUUACGAGACUGUUAUCGACGUGGGCAAGUGUGUAGGAUCGAAGGUUGAACCGGAGGGCUUUUCCUGUGUGCCCACCAAGUUUGAUUCUGCUCUUGUGGACACUCCGAAUAAAGUGGAGCUGAUUCAGACGGUGGUCGGCUGCGACAUGAAAGAAGGCUGCUACAGAAUUCCUUAUGUGGAAUAUCAUUAUGAGAUCACGUACAAUGAAGACGGGCUCAAGGAAGAAAAACUAAAGGAAAUAGAUGUGGGGAGAUGUUUGGGAAGCUGCACCUCAGGAAACAGCUGUCUUCUCAGGAGUGCCUCUGAUUCGGCUGAGUGUCUGCUGUGGGCAGAGGGACAGGGCAGCGCGUGUGUUCCACAAGGCUACGAGAGCCACACGUUUCUCAAUCAGCAUGGACAAAUCCGAACUGUGCUGGCUAUCACCUCGUGUCUCUGCCAGUCUUAAACACAGUGACCUCUACCGAAAGUGCACACACACUACACCAACCAAGAGGUCUUGCAUUUACAAAAGUGUCUUGAGUUGUCUAAAUGCACAAGCAUGUUAUAGCUUGGGAUCUAUAACACAUCAUUACUACGUUAACAUAGCACGUUAUUAUGGUAUUCUGACAUACUAUUUACUAUUAUAGUAUGCAGGUCAGGACAUGGGUUUUGGAAUCUGUGUUUUUUUUUUUUUAAAUAAUGUUACAAGAUAUGUGUCGAGGACAUCUACUUCUCUUAUGCGAAGAUGACAGUUGACCUGUUUCAGCUGUCCAUGUAAUAUAUGUAAAAUAUGUAAAUAUAAUUUUGUAAAUAAAUUUGAUGCCAUUAAUUAAAGCUAUGUACAGU